AACUCUGGAUAAGGUAUGGAAGAAUCAUUUGUGGUGGUCUAUAAGUCUGAGUCUGCGUCUGAGUCUGCUUCUGAUGGAAGUGGGACGCAUUUACCAUCACCAGAAGGUGGUCCAAGCAGUUCUUUACAGCCGAACAACUCUGGAUUUCAUUCGACUAUCACUUUCCUCAAAAAUGCAUUUGAGAUUGCCACAACUCAGACACAGGUUGAGCAACCGUUAUGCCUUGAAUGCAUGAGAGUGUUGUCUGACAAACUUGAUAAGGAGGUUGAAGAUGUGACCAGGGACAUUGAAGCUUAUGAAGCCUGUCUUCAGCGAUUGGAGGGGGAACCACAAGAUGCUCUCAGUGAGGCAGAUUUUCGCAAGGAGAAAUUAAAGGUAGCUGUUUGGCAUUGGCAAGAAUUUAACAUUUUUCAGUUUCAAUUAAUCGCUCAUCAGGCAGUUCAUGAUGCUUCAGCAAAUGUCAAUGUUACUAAUGUUAAUUUGAAUACUAUGCUAUUGCAUCAAGCUUCUAUUCAUGCUGAAGAAGAGAAGGAUGCAAUUUUGGCGAAGACUGAAGUCUCACAAGCACAUUUAGAGUUGUUAAAGCGAACUAAUGUGCUCAAUGAUGCUUUCCCCAUCUGGCAUGAUGGAGAGUUUGGAACUAUUAACAAUUUUCGUCUUGGACGAUUGCCUAAAAUUCCAGUUGAGUGGGAUGAAAUAAUUGCUUCCUGGGGUCAAGCGUGCCUCCUACUUCAUACAAUGUGCCAAUAUUUCCGACCAAAAUUCACUAUCGGAUAAAGAUAAUUCCUCUGG